AUGCUCUCCUCCUUGCGCCGAAUUUCAAGACGAGCGCUCGGUCGGACCUGGAAGCCACUCGAUUUGCCCGCCAGCGGCUUUCCCAAAUUAGCGCCUCAUAUCCCAAUCGAAGAAGAGACCCUUCCGCAGUAUCUGGCGUCACGUUACUACCCAGUCCGCUUGGGCGAGGUGCUCCAGGAACGAUACCAACCACUUUCAACUGUCUGGCUGGCACGCGACUUGACCCAUCAACGCCAUGUCGCGCUAAAGCUUUAUGUUCAUUCUGGCUCCAUCGGGGACCAAAUUGACAACGAAAUUGACAUGUACAAGCGUAUUGAAGCUGGUCCCAAGAGACACCCAGGUUACGAUGCCAUCAGACCACUGCUGGGCUCAUUCGACAUGGACGGGCCUGAUGGCAAGCACCGCCGUCUCGUGCACACUCCAUUGCUUGAGAGUCCCCCCAUUGUCGCUUUUGUUCUCAAGCAACUGUUCCUGGCGUUGGACUUUUUGCACUCAGAGUGUCAAGUCAUACACACAGAUCUUAAAGCUGACAAUAUCAUGUUCAGCGUGGAGGACGAAAGGGUCUUUUCAGACUUGGAGCAGGCAGAGCUCAUAAGCCCCAGCCCUCGAAAAGAGGUUGCGGGCAGGACAAUAUACACUUCCCGCCAACUACACACGGCGAAAGGGAUAGGCGUACCUGUCCUAUGUGAUUUUGGGUCCGCCGUUCUCGGGAACAUCAAGCAUACGGAAGAUGUCCAACCGAACGUCUACCGCGCGCCAGAAGUUAUACUUGAGGCGCCAUGGUCAUAUGAGAUUGACAUCUGGAACGCUGGCUGCAUGGUCUGGGAUAUCUACGAGGGCGGCCAUCUUUUCAGGGGUUGGGAUCCAGAACAUGACACUUAUCGAGCUUAUCGAAGCCGAGCUCAUAUCUCUGAGAUGAUUGCGCUGCUUGGACCACCGCCAAGCGAUCUCUGA